AUGCUAUACAAUGACAACGGCAGACUUGUCUUUCGCUUUGACGAUCACACGCUCUGGAUUGAGCCCUGGGGCGAAAAUGCUUUUCGUGUGCGAGCAACUAAGCUCCCUGCUAUGCCAACGGAAGAUUGGGCCCUGACUCUCCCGCCUUGUGCCUCCCACGCCAAGAUCGAAAUUCCUGAUGGGAAAGAUGCGAGCAUCUCCAAUGGCAAAAUCCGGGCAACAAUCUCACAGCGCGGCAAAGUCAUCGUCUAUGAUCACCAUGGAAAGACACUCCUUGAAGAAUACGCCCGUAACCGGCAAGAUCCAACAGAUCCCAAAUGCAGUGCCCUCCUAGUUGAAGCUCGCGAGCUACGCCCGAUUCUUGGUGGCGAUUAUCAUCUCAAGCUUCGAUUUGAAUCACUGGACCCCAGGGAAAAGAUCUUUGGAAUGGGACAAUAUCAGCAACCAUAUUUGAACCUGAAAGGCGCAGAUCUGGAGCUCGCUCAUCGAAACUCGCAAGCCAGCGUUCCAUUUGCUCUCUCCUCGCGUGGGUACGGGUUCCUCUGGAACAAUCCAGGGAUCGGCCGAGCGACAUUUGGUACCAAUGUGAUGAGCUUUGAAGCGUACUCCACUCGCAGCUUAGACUACUGGGUCGUCGCGGGUGACUCGCCGGCGGAAAUCGAGCAGGCCUAUGCCAAAGUCACAGGCUAUGUCCCUAUGAUGCCUGAAUACGGGCUUGGCUUCUGGCAAUGCAAGCUCCGCUAUUGGAACCAAGAGCAACUGCUGGACGUUGCCAGAGAGUAUCGCCGGCGUCAGGUGCCGCUUGACUUGAUUGUCAUUGACUUUUUCCAUUGGAAGCACCAAGGUGAAUGGAGUUUCGAUCCUGAAUUUUGGCCUGACCCUGAUGCGAUGAUCAAGGAGCUUCAAGAACUCAAGGUGGAGCUGAUGGUCUCGAUUUGGCCUACCGUGGAAAACGCCUCCGAGAAUUUCCCUGAGAUGCUUGAGCGCGGACUUCUAAUCCGACACGAUCGUGGGCUACGAGUGGCCAUGCAAUGCGAUGGAGAUAUCACGCAUUUCGACGCGACUAAUCCGGAAGCUCGACAAUUCGUCUGGAGCAAAGCGAAGAAGAACUAUUAUGAUCGAGGCAUUAAGGUGUUCUGGCUUGAUGAGGCGGAGCCAGAGUAUUCCAUCUAUGACUUUGAUAUCUUCCGCUAUCACGCUGGCAGUAACCUGCAGAUUGGCAAUAUUUUCCCUAGGGAGUAUGCACGCGCUUUUUACGAAGGUAUGCAGGCCGAGGGUCAAGACAACAUUGUCAAUCUCCUUCGAUGUGCGUGGGCAGGGAGCCAAAAAUACGGCGCCCUCGUCUGGAGUGGAGAUAUCGCGUCGUCUUGGGGAUCCUUCCGAAACCAGCUUGCCGCGGGCUUGAACAUGGGUCUCGCUGGUAUUCCUUGGUGGACCACCGAUAUUGGUGGCUUCCACGGUGGAAAUCCCGACGAUCCAGCGUUCCGUGAGCUUUUCACGCGUUGGUUCCAGUGGGGUGCAUUCUGCCCAGUAAUGCGUCUACACGGAGACCGCGAACCGAAGCCCGAGGGUCAGCCAACUGCAAGCGGUUCCAACAAUGAGAUCUGGUCAUAUGGUGAAGAAAUUUACGAAAUUUGCAAGAACUUCAUAGAGGUCCGAGAGCAUCUCCGAGAAUACACACGAGGUUUGAUGCGAGAAGCACAUGGAAAGGGUACGCCUGUGAUGCGUACCUUGUUUUACGAGUUCCCUGAUGACCCCAGAGCAUGGGAUGUUGAAACUGAGUACAUGUUUGGCUCGAGAUACCUAGUGGCCCCGGUAUUGGAGGCUGGACAGCGCACGUCUCAGGUUUAUCUGCCAGCAGGAGCAAAGUGGGAAUUAUGGAGCAGACUUGCGAGUUCCAAAGAGGGUGCGUCAAAAACGUGGGACGGAGGUAUCACUGUCGAGGUUGACUGUCCGAUUGAGACAAUGCCCGUUUUCUGUCGCGUGGACUCUGAUGCUCGAGAUGCGUAG